AUACGAAGCUUAAUAUUUUGUAUUAAGCCAAUCCCGGACACCCCCAUACGCCUCUUCCCUUACGUACUUGGCAGCGGCCGGGAGUCACCUGACGUCCCUGUGGUGUCAAGCCGGGGAGCUCCGUUCCUUGUUCCUUUUCUACUAAACGGCGCCGCUGAGAGGACCGGUACCGAGUCCAGUAUAAAGAUGGCUGAUUCCUGUGUUAACCAAGAUGAGUGCCAUACGGAGGAGGGGAGCAGUGUUGCUGAGGAGGCCAUGUUCAGCAUGGCAGACAUGUUCUUAUUGUCGCUCAUCGUUGGCCUACUCACCUAUUGGUUCUUCUUCCGCAAGAAGAAAGAAGAGACGAUUGAGUUUAAAGUUCAGACCCCUGUAGCAUCUUCCAGCUCCCGAGAAAGCAGCUUUGUGGAAAAGAUGAAGAAGACGGGCAAAAAUAUUGUGGUAUUCUAUGGAUCUCAGACAGGAACUGGAGAAGAGUUUGCUAAUCGUCUUGCUAAGGAUGCUCACCGCUACGGUAUGCGUGGUAUGUCUGCUGACCCUGAAGAAUUUGAAAUGGUGGAUCUUGGUCGUCUUAAGGACAUUGAAAACUCUCUUGCUGUAUUCUGCAUGGCUACAUAUGGUGAAGGGGACCCUACAGAUAAUGCUCAGGACUUCUAUGAUUGGUUGCAAGAAGCGGACGUUGAUCUGUCUGGGCUAAAGUUUGCGGUAUUUGGCCUUGGAAAUAAGACAUAUGAGCACUUUAAUGCCAUGGGCAAAUACUUGGAUAAAAGACUAGAAGAGCUGGGUGCAGAAAGAAUCUUUGAACUAGGAAUGGGAGAUGAUGAUGGCAACCUGGAAGAAGAUUUCAUCACUUGGCGUGAGCAGUUUUGGCCUGCAGUGUGCGAACAUUUUGGUGUGGAAGCAACAGGAGAUGAAUCCAGUAUUCGUCAGUAUGAACUUGUAGUGUUCACAGACGAGAAUAUGAACAAGGUGUACACCGGAGAGAUGGGCCGUCUUAAGAGCUAUGAGAUACAAAAACCACCUUUUGAUGCAAAAAAUCCAUUCCUGUCCAAUGUAACUGCUAACCGAAAACUUAACGAAGGUGGAGAGAGGCAUUUGAUGCAUCUGGAACUUGAUAUCACUGGCUCAAAAAUCAGGUACGAGUCCGGAGAUCACGUAGCUGUUUAUCCAGCUAAUGAAUCUUCAAUAGUUAACAAACUCGGAGAACUUCUGGGAGUAGACCUUGACACUGUGAUAUCUUUGAACAAUCUUGAUGAGGAAUCGAACAAGAAGCAUCCAUUCCCUUGUCCUACCUCUUAUCGCACAGCUCUUACCUAUUACUUGGAUAUCACCAAUCCACCUCGUACCAAUGUACUUUAUGAGCUUGCCCAGUAUGCCACUGAUCCUAAAGAGCAAGAGAAUCUGCGUAAAAUGGCCUCUUCAUCAUCUGAUGGCAAAGCCUUGUAUCUGAAUUGGGUUUUGGAAGCAAGAAGAAAUAUUCUGGCAAUUCUAGAAGAUAUGCCUUCAUUGCGUCCACCACUUGAUCAUCUUUGUGAAUUAUUACCACGUCUGCAGGCCCGUUACUACUCAAUUGCCUCCUCUUCAAAAGUCCAUUCCAAUUCCAUACACAUUUGCGCAGUUGUAGUAGAAUAUGAAACCAAGACUGGACGAUUCAACAAAGGUGUCACCACAAACUGGCUCAGAAACAAACAGCCAACUGACAAUGGGCACAAAUCAUCUGUGCCCAUGUACGUCCGCAAAUCUCAGUUCCGACUUCCAUUCAAACCCACCACGCCAGUUAUCAUGAUUGGGCCUGGCACUGGUAUUGCCCCAUUUGUGGGAUUCAUCCAAGAGCGAGAAUGGCUGAAGCAGCAAGGUAAGGAGGUUGGAGAAACUGUCCUGUAUUACGGCUGCCGGCAUGAACAUGAAGAUUAUCUGUACAAGGAAGAACUUGCUAAAUUUCAUAAAGAUGGCGUCCUCACCCAGCUGCAUGUUGCCUUCUCCCGGGACCAGAAAGAAAAGGUUUAUGUUCAGCAUCUUCUGAAGAAAAACAAGGAAAAUAUCUGGAAGCUGAUAAAUGAGGAAAACGGUCACAUCUAUGUGUGCGGUGAUGCCCGCAAUAUGGCUCGUGACGUGCAUAACACUUUCUAUGACAUUGUUGAAGAGUAUGGCAAGAUGGAUCACAGUCAGGCAGUAGAUUACAUCAAGAAGCUAAUGACCAAGGGCCGUUACUCCCAAGAUGUCUGGAGUUAAACCACACGAAGCCUGCGAUAAGAAGACUGUCUAGAGCUACUGUUGGAGAUCUGCAUGAGCCCGUUCAGAUUAAUCUGUUAGUCUUUUAGAUUCGUUUUUAAGAGAUGCAGCGACAAAGGUGUAGUACUAUUCCAAAUAUAAUUCUCUCCAAUUAUGUUUUGAACAGUACCAGUCAAUAAACUGUCCAAACCAGUAAGCUAUCCAUGGUCAGUGUGAAAUGGACUUUGUAGCCUUUAUUGUCAAAGGAUAUGCUGUUCAGGAAAUCAAAUCUUUUUCUUUUUUUGUGCUUGCCUUUUCUCUUGAGGUACAAGCAGGAGCAUAAUCAUGGUUAACAUCGAAGACCGUUUUAUAUACUGCUCUCUUCUUAUAUCAUGUGGCUGCUUUCUUGUAUUAUUUGUCGGUUAUUAGUGGACGAGCUGCAAUAUAUUCUACAUUGAAGCAUCUGUUGUAUUUUGACUUUUGCUAGUUAAGCAAAUUUCACUAAUAGUUAUACAAUUCUUACUUUAUGUGAAGCUUUGAUAAUGGUUAAAUACAAAGCCUUGAGGAUACCAGUUCAUCUAGAUGAACUGGAAACUAUUUGUGCUCUAGCCCCCAGCCUACAAAAUAAAUCGCAGAUAAUUCAUUAAAAUGUGCGAGAAAAGCUGCUUUUCUUUGUGCCUUAAAUGUACAAGGCUUUUCUUCAGUACGAAUAUGGGCCCAUCAGAUGAGUUUGUUACAUUACAAGCCAGUAGUUAGAGUGUACAUUACUUCUGCAAAUGUUAUAACCGCCCCUCUGGAGCGUUUUCCCUGUGAAGCCGAGGUAGGUCUAUCUUGUAUAACAGGCAGAGAUGAUGUAGAUGAGCUGCAGGGGAAUGGUUAGGUUCUAUGCUGACCUUUGCUGCAUAUAGAUUUUACCAUACGCAGACCUUAUAAUUCCAUGCCUUAACUUUAGAUAUAUUGUCGGGUCCUUCAUCAAAUGCUCAAAAGCAGACUUUGUAACCCAUUAUUCCAGAAUACCAGCAGUUGUAGAUACCCAUCCUCUGCACCUUAUUUAUUCCAUGAAACCUUGUAUUUUAAGUACUUUUGGAUGAAGAGUUAAUACUCUUCAAUAGGAUAUUCUUGAGGCAGUUUGCUAUUGAUUAACUCUAUUCAGGAGACUUUUAAGGUCACAACAGUAAUGUCGAUAGUGCGUAAGUGGCUUGUCUGCAGUGUGGUGGACAUCGUUGGUUAGAGGUUAGUCACUUUAGGAAAAUGUUAACUAAUGCACCGUUUUUCAUUCGUUGAGUACCUACACCCUUGUUAUGACUGGCAUAUCUUCUGGCCAUAAUCUGAUGGAGGAGCAUGACCAGCCACACCAUUUUGCCUCCUCUGUAUUAACACACUGCAUCACCAAAACUAGCGCAGGCACAGUGUGUACAACAGAGGGAUCUAGUUAUCGCGUAGCCAUAAUAUGGUUUGGAGCAGUGUGUAGUCGGAAUAUAGCACUGUAAUAUGCAGAACUGAUAGUAAAUUUAGGAUUUAUUUUUUAUUUUUUCCCUACAUUCACAUGGUUUGGUGGUCUACAUAGAUUUUGCACAUCUUUACAAAAAGAAUAUCCAUCAUUGACAAAGGUGUGGCUUUAUUUUUUUACUUCUCCCUGAUGGGAUUUACAGAUCAUACCCAAACCAGGAGAAAUGUUGAAGUGAAUGCUACUUUUACAGACGUAGAAAUCACAUUUACUAGUAUCGUAUCCAAUGAUCUGUACCAAUGUCUACCACAUAAGUUACCUUAAAGGUGAUCCCAGAUAGGAAUAGGCAGGAUCGUUGUAGGCGGCAUUUGGAAUUUAUUGGUGCUGUCAUCACAAGUUAUUUUUUUUGUGCUAUCUCUAUGGUCUGUUGAGUUUCCAUCAUAAAUUGGUAACUUGUCCUCCUGUGUGCAUUGUGUUUAAAAAGUACAUUCAGAUUUAUUUUUUUGCCUUUUUGAAAUGAGUGUUUAAUAAAACAAUAUUGUCAUUGAUUGUAAAUAAUUUUAAAUAUGCAUUAACCUUUGAAAUAAAAUAUACACCUGAAAUGUG